AUGUUAGGGACUGUGAAAAUGGAAGGGCAUGAAACCAGCGACUGGAACAGCUACUACGCCGACACCCAGGAGGCCUAUUCCUCGGUGCCCGUGAGCAACAUGAACUCGGGGCUGGGCUCCAUGAACACCAUGAACACCUACAUGACCAUGAACACCAUGACGACGAGCGGCAACAUGACCUCCAGCUCCUUCAACAUGUCCUACGCCAACACGGGGCUGGGGGCCGGGCUGAGCCCCGGUGCUGUGGCCGGCAUGCCGGCAGGCUCUGCCGGCCCGGUGAACGGCAUGCCGGCUGGCGUGGCCACCAUGGGCACGGCGCUGAGCCCAGGCGGCAUCAACGCCAUGUCGGCCCAGCCGGCCCCCAUGAACGGGCUCAGCCCCUACAGCAGCAUGAACCCCUGCAUGAGCCCCAUGGCCUACACGCAGUCCAACCUCGGCAGGACACGGGACGCUAAGACCUUCAAGCGGAGCUACCCCCACGCCAAGCCGCCCUACUCCUACAUCUCCCUCAUCACCAUGGCCAUCCAGCAGGCGCCCAGCAAGAUGCUGACGCUGAGUGAGAUCUACCAGUGGAUCAUGGACCUCUUCCCCUACUACCGGCAGAACCAGCAGCGCUGGCAGAACAGCAUCCGCCACUCGCUCUCCUUCAACGACUGCUUCGUCAAGGUGGCCCGCUCUCCCGACAAGCCCGGCAAGGGCUCCUACUGGACCCUGCACCCCGACUCUGGCAACAUGUUUGAAAAUGGCUGCUACCUCCGCCGGCAAAAGCGGUUCAAGUGCGAGAAGCCGGCCAACAGCAAAACCCCUCAGGAGGGCAGGAAAGAUCAGGCCGGGGCCUCCAGUUCCAGCUCUAAUUCCCCCCUGCACAGAGGCCACAAUAAACCGGCGCAGCUGGACACUGCGACCUCCCUCUCCAGCUCCAACCCGUCCACCAGCCCCCAGUCUAUGGACCACAGCGGAUCGAGCACGGAGCUAAAGACCUCGGCCUCGGCCGCUUCCUCUACCAUCAGCUCCGUCCCCGCCUUGGCCUCCGUCCCACACCCCCCUCACUCCUUAGCCCACGAACCCCAGCUGCACCUCAAAGGGGACCCCCACUACUCCUUCAACCACCCCUUUUCCAUCAACAACCUCAUGUCCUCCUCGGAACAGCAGCACAAGCUGGACUUCAAAGCCUAUGAGCAGGCGCUGCAAUAUUCCUCCUACGGGGCGAGCCUGCCCGGCGGGCUGCCCCUGGGCAGUGCCUCCAUGGCGGGCCGGAGCAGCAUCGAGCCCUCGGCCCUGGAGCCCUCCUACUACCAAGGUGUGUAUUCCAGACCCGUGCUAAACACCUCGUAG